AUGACUGUACCCGAAUUUAACAUCCUUACGCCCAAUGCCAUGCUCGGCUAUGGCUACAAUGCCGAGCACUUUUGGUACGGCAUUCAAAAGUUCCAGCCCGCAGCCAUUAUCGUCGAUAGUGGCUCGACAGAUGGAGGGCCAUACAAGCUUGGCAUGAACAAAAUGACCUGUGGGCGAGGUUCCUACAUCCGAGACCUCGAGCCCAUCCUCACAGCUUGCUUCCACCACAAGGUCAAGGUCUUGAUCGGCUCAGUUGGCGGAGACGGCAGCAACAAGCAUGUUCAGGAAAUGUUUGACAUUGUUUCUUCGAUAUCGCAACGUCUGGGAUUCAGUUUCAAGGUUGCCACUAUCAACGCUGGCAUGGACCGGGAGUUGAUCAAGACCAGAAUCCAGAACCGCAAGGUCGGUCCUUGCGGGCCAGUGGAAGACUUGCUGCCCGAGGUUGUUGAUGGCGCUGUCGAUGUUGUUGCGCAAAUGGGCGCUGAGCCCUUCAUCGAAGCCCUGAAAGGCGACCCCGAUGUCAUUCUCGGUGGUAGAUGCUACGACCCUGCACCUUUUGCCGCUUUCUGCCUGUCAAGGGGCAUCUCUAGUGGUGUCGCCUGGCAUAUGGGCAAGAUCAUGGAAUGCGGUGGCAUCUGUGCGAUCCCCAAGGGCCGAUCUAUGAUUGCCACCAUGCGCUACGAGUCCUUUGAUCUGACACCACUGGCACCUGAGGAAAGAUGCACACCUCUGUCUGUCGCAGCUCACACCUUGUACGAAAAGACUCGCCCAGACCGUCUCCCGGGUCCAGGUGGCAUCCUCGAUCUCAAGAAUGCCAAGUACGAGCAGAUCACCGACAAGACGACGCGUGUCUCUGGUGCUGAGUUUCAGGAGACACCAUAUCAGGUGAAGCUCGAAGGCGUCACGUUCUUGGGGUAUCGCACUAUUUUCAUCGGCGGCAUACGGGAUCCUAUCCUUAUCAGCCAGGUUGACGAUUUUCUCGAGCGCGUGCGCAAGUACACUCAGAACCUUUUCCCUGAACUCGACAAGUCGGAUAGCUGUCGCCUGAUUUAUCACAUCUACGGUAAGAACGGUGUCAUGGGCCCGUUAGAGACACAGGCUGUGUCGAAGCCUCACGAAAUUGCCGUCCUAGGCGAAGUCGUCGCGCCUACGCAGGACAUGGCGUACACCAUCGCCAACAAUGCUCGAGCAUCUAUUCUGCAUUUCUCGUAUCCCGGCCAGAUCGCCACCACGGGAAACUUUGCCAGCCCACUUUCACCACACGAGCAAGAAGCCGGUGCAGUGUUCAAGUUUAGCUUGUACCACCUCGUUGAUCUGGAGGAGGGCGAAUCUUCGUCGCUUUUCCCUAUUAGUGUGAGGAACAUUGAAGCGACCGUGAGUCCAUCACCCCCAGGCUCUGUAUCUACUGAGCGGCUUGCAGCUAUCGAGAAUGGAACUCUUGCGCCCAUUGAGAAGAAGCAAGUUCCCGCCAGAAGGGCACGAAUGGAAGAGCUUGCCCGCAUCAUUCGAUCCAAGAACUCAGGCCCCUUUGAGCUCACUUUCGACAUCAUGUUUGACGACGAAGCCGUGUACAACCGAGUUCGGGAAGCGAAUGUCCUUACCAACGAUGUGAUCAAGUCACUGUAUCGUGUCCAAGAUGACGAGAUCUUGACCAAUAUGUUUUUUGAGCCUGCACUGGCGUGGAAAUGCACUAUCAAGAGACCAUGGGCCCAAGGCAGUGUUGGUGAGAGAGAUACAUUGGGCACACAACAACAUGCCUUGUUGCUGGGCAUCGAGGUUCCCGAAGCGAGCAGCGACAAUGCCAAGUCGUCCAAGGGAGAGCCAAUCCAUGUUAACGGGAUCAAUGGAGUCAACGGGGUCAAUGGUUCCAAUGGCACUACACAUGUCAACGGUAACGGGCUUACGAGCCAUCUGCACCUUUCCAAUGGAAGCGCCACGCCAACAAGUAAACUUGGCUUCGAUCGCACAAGCUUCCUUUCUCGCGAUGUGGUGCGCGAUAUAUGGAACGGCCUUUCUCUCCCGCAAGAUGCUCUAAGGUCCUUGGAACUCCCAGGCGACGAUGGAACACCAGGGCUCCCCUCAUCUUUCAAGAUCGCAUCUCUCGCCCAGGGCACCAUCGCUUUAUCAGGUCUCCUAGCAGCUCUCAUCCACUCCCAGCGGAACCAAAUCCCCGUGCCAAAGGUAACUGUUCCUCGAAAACACGCUACUGUGGAGUUCAAGUCUGAGAGGCUCUAUGUCCUGGAUGGUAAACCUGCACCGUCUCCUUGGGGUCCCAUUGGAGGUCUGCACAAGACUUCAGAUGGGUAUGUCCGUAUACACGACUCGUUCCCCAAUCACGGAUAUGGAGCGCUGGAGCUGCUGGGUUUGCCUCUGGCGGCUGACCGGAUCGAUGUGACCAAGAAAACGCAAGAUUGGGCCAGCAUUGAUCUCGAGUCUGUCGGUUUGGACCGUCGCCUAGCUAUUUAUGCGCUUCGAUCUUACCGCCAGUGGGAUAUGCUUCCUCAGUCCAAGGUCAUUGACGACUUCCCUAUUUCUCUCAUGAGGAUCGCAUCAGGACCAGCGGGACUUCCACCUCGUCUCUCACCAGGCAACGAUAAAUGUCUUCGAGGUCUGCGAGUGGUCGAGAUGAGUCGGGUCAUCGCUGCGCCUCUGGCUGGCAAGACUCUAGCAGCUCACGGCGCCGAUGUCAUCUGGGUCACCAGCCCAGGGCUCCCAGAUCUGCCAACCAUGGACCGCGACUUUGGUCGAGGGAAGCGCACAGUGCAAAUUGACAUCAACAAUACUGAGGACCGACAGAAAUUGAGAGAGCUUAUUAAAUCAUGUGACGUUUUCAUCCAGGGCUUCCGCCCGGGCAGCCUGGCCGCCAAGGGAUUUGGACCCGAUGAGGUUGCGUCCCUGAACCCGGGGAUUAUCUACGGCUGCAUGUCCGCAUUCGGUCCUAAGGGGCCUUGGGCAGAGAGGCGGGGCUACGAUUCGCUUGUCCAGACUUGUUCGGGAAUGAAUGUCUCGGAGGCCGAGCACUUCGGCGCCGGUGAAGUUGCUCGUCCGACACCGUGUCAAGCGCUGGACCAUGCAGGUGGCUACUUGCUAGCCUCUGGUGUCAUGGCAGCCUUGUAUCGACAAUCUGUUGAAGGGGGUUCGUACCGCGUUGACGUGUCGCUUGCUGGGGCGAUGAAGUAUCUCCGCAGCUUGGGACAAUAUUCUGGCAAGUCUGGCUUUGAGGCUGAAGAUUUUGAGAGCGCGUCUGAUGUGGAGGAGUUUUUGGAGACGCGCCAAACUGGAUUCGGCGAGAUGAGGGCAAUCAAACAUAGCGUCAGUAUAGAAGGCGCUCAAACCUCGUGGGAUGUUAUGCCAAAGCCACUUGGCAGCGAUCAAGCUGAGUGGUUGUGA